AUGCCUCCGCAAAGUGAACUCAUUCACCAUUUCGGCCAACACUCCAUCCCCGCCCUUCGCCGGCCCAUCUCCCCGCUCGACUACAAGCUCAAAGGGCAGCCCGCAGUCUACAACCUCGUCGACAGCCUCGGCUCGCCUCAGACCUAUCCUUCCCCGGCCAAUCGCGCCGAGGCCAGGUGCGGCGAGCGCGAGCGGUUCUGGGUCGGCGACGCAGUCCCCAACCGCUACUGCAAGCGGCAGCGGCGCCCCUAG